CUGGGUCUUCUAUUAGUUCUAACAAUAUUCUUAUCAAUAUCGUUAUGAGGAUCGAAGGCAUGUGACUGUUAAUGUACUUAGAGCAUUGAGGAAGCAGCAAGUGAGGAUGCACGUAGGCCCAGGAACUGUGUAUUCUAUGGAUCUAGGGAUAGUGGUUCUGGUAUUGUGCAAUCUGAUGCUUCACUUAUCGAUUAAAUCGCCAGUAAGCUGUUCACAAGGAGAUGUCAACUCGGAAAUGUGUUGUCAGAGGUGUACUUCUGAUCUAGAACAAUGACUGAAUUGUGAAAUGUCUGCAUACCACCCAACUCGUGCA